GCCGGGCCGUAGGCAGGGGGAACGGGCCCCAGGCAGCAGGCGCACGGGCGCCAUGAGCGAGGCGGAUGGGCUGCGGCAGCGCCGGCCCGUGCGGCCGCAGGUCGUCACGGACGAUGCCCGGGUCCCGGAGGCCAAGGAAGGCAGCUCCUUCAGUGGCAGAGUGUUCCGAGCCACCUUCGUGAUGCUGGCUGUGCUCCUCACCAUCCCCCUGCUUGGCGCCAUGAUGCUGCUGGACUCUCCCAUAGACCCACAGCCUCUCAGCUUCAGAGAACCCCCGCUCUUGCUUGGUGUCCUGCAACCAAAUACGAAGUUACGACAGGCGGAAAGGCUUUUUGAAAAUCAGCUUGUUGGGCCAGAGUCCAUAGCACAUAUCGGGGAUGUAAUGUUCACUGGUACAGCAGAUGGCCGAGUCGUAAAACUUGAAAAUGGUGAAGUAGAGACCAUCGCCCGGUUUGGCUCAGGCCCAUGCAAAACCCGAGAUGAUGAGCCUGCUUGUGGGAGACCCCUGGGCAUCCGGGCGGGGCCCAACGGGACCCUUUUUGUGGCUGAUGCAUACAAAGGGCUAUUUGAAGUAAAUCCCUGGAAACGUGAAGUAAAACUGCUGCUGUCCUCUGAGACACCCAUUGAGGGGAGGAAAAUGUCCUUCGUGAACGAUCUUACAGUAACUCGGGACGGGAGGAAGAUUUAUUUUACGGAUUCUAGCAGCAAAUGGCAAAGACGGGAUUAUCUGCUGCUGGUGAUGGAGGGGACGGAUGAUGGUCGCCUGCUGGAGUAUGACACCGAGACCAAGGAGGUGAAGGUUUUGCUGGACCACUUGCGGUUCCCCAAUGGGGUACAGCUCUCUCCUGCGGAGGACUUUGUCCUGGUGGCGGAAUUGACCAUGGCGAGGAUCAGGAGGUUCUACGUGUCUGGCCUGAUGAAGGGAGGGGCCGACCUGUUUGUGGAGAACUUGCCUGGAUUCCCAGACAACAUCCGAGCCAGCAGCUCUGGGGGUUACUGGGUCGGUAUGUCAACCAUUCGCUCCAAUCCUGGGUUUUCCAUGUUGGAUUUCUUAUCCGAGAGACCGUAUCUUAAAAGAAUGAUUUUUAAGCUGUUCAGCCAGGAGACAGUGAUGAAGUUCGUGCCGCGGUACAGCCUCGUCCUGGAGCUCAGUGACAGCGGGGCCUUCCGGAGGAGCCUGCACGACCCCGAUGGGCAGGUGGCCGCUUACGUGAGCGAGGUGCACGAGCGUGACGGGCACCUGUACCUGGGUUCCUUUAGGUCCCCUUUCCUCUGCAGACUCCGCCUGCAGUCUGCUUAGGCCCGUCGUUACCCUGCGCUCCCGCCCUGGGCCAGGAGGUGCGUGGACACACCCUUCCCAUCUGCACCUGCCGGUCCGUGGAGGUGUGGUGCAGCCUCUCGGGGCACCCUUACCUGGACUUGGCCUUGCAUCUGCCGUGGGGAAGAUGAGUCCACAUAAAGCCCUUUUCUCUUAAAAACCUUCCCAGGUGCAGUGAUUCUUUAGGCCCCGGGGACUUGGUGCACUUAACAGGCUUCAGGUGUGGGGAUGGAGCUGUGGGUGAGUCGGAUGGCAUCUCGCUUUUGCUGCUGGCUGUGUCCCGCCAGCCUCGAUGUCUUUGUUGUUAAAUGGGUGAUACCUGUCUUUGUGGGAGGGGCUCUGGGAGGGCGUGGAGAGCUCAGAGCAAACGUGUGUGAAGCCUCGGGCUGUGCAGGCGAAGAGGGCACGGCUGCGUUCCCCAGAGUCAAGUGAGACCUGAGCCUCGGCCCUGAGCGUCCCUCCCAUGCCUCCCACCCUCCUGCUACACCUGGCUCCCUCCCUACCCGGGUCCCCGCCAGCGCUCUGAAGGCAAGGACCUGGGUGUGUGUGGAGGAAGAGCACGUUGAUUCCAGCAGCUCAGAGGACUCACCGGCUUCUCCAUGGACAGCCUGCCAUGUGGAUCAGAGGAUGGGGAGUGAAGGUGGGCGCUGGGCACCAGGAGUCCUGUUCACACACCUGGUUCCUCACCCAGACCCAGGUGUGAAUAGUGCACAUGCCAGGGUUGCGUCUGCUCUAGUGUUACACGCCUGAUGCUGCUCUGUAUCCUGACGGGUGUGUCCACACAUGGUCCCGGUUGUGGGGUGAUCCAUGUGAUUAUGAUAAUUAAAUGGACUUUUCUCCUCAUUAACCUCUUGAUGGUGUAUCCUGGGAAUUUCUUCUGUGCUUUAAUCUAAUUUAACAGUGAGUGAGGUCUUGCCCUCUGCCUGUUGUGAGGGCCAUUCUGCUGGGGUCAUGUUUAGAUUUGCUCGGGGCCUCCCCUGUAGCCGCCUGCCUCCCACGCUGACUCAGUCCACAUGACCCUGCUCUCCUGUUUCCAUUCUGCAAGGUGGGGCUGAUAUCUGCUCCUUCCUUUCCUGCGUAUUUGUGAGAACACAUCAGUGAUUGUGUCUCUGGAAUUGUCUUUGUAACUUGAAAAGACAGUAUUUUGACGAGGGGAUGACAUUGAACGUCAAGGAUGGCUGACAUCGUGGUGAGACUUGAACCGUUUAUGUCUUGUGCUGGUUCAUAGCUCCUUUCCCCUCCCUGCUCCCCGCCAUUUUAGGGGAGAGAGUCAGGGUCUGAUGGGGGCUCAUUCCGAGUUGCCUGCUCGGGGCCAGCUUUAUGCAUAGCCGCGUACAGCAGAGUCAGACUGGCUGCAUGGCUGUGAUGUGACCCGUGUCCUGUCAGGUGAUGUAACUUCAUAGGAAAUGCUUUUUAACAGGCAGCAGUGCACCCGUGUAUUGAGUCUGCAGGAAUAGUAAGGUGAAAGAAACCUGACCGUUCUGCCUCGAAAACCCAACCCAAGUGCGCUGACCCUGAACGUUUCUUCUUGGUUGGGAAUUAAGGGCUGUGUUCUCAGUGCAGAGAAGCUGGUAGCUUUUCACAGUUUUCAGCAAAGGGUCUUUUUUUUGUUUUGACUCAGUUGUUGAUUUUCUGUCUCAAAGUGUCAUUUCCUGUGUUUUAUCUGGUAAUUUUCCAUGAUGGGGUGCAAAAUAUAGUCUCAUUAGGCUUAAAUAUAUGAUGUUUUUGUUGUAAACAUGAAACGGAUUUGUUCUAAUGGGAAUUACUAACAUGAUCUUAAAAUUAAAUCAAGUGAUUCAUUCAC